GGAAAGGGUUUGAAUGGAUGUUGGUGAGAAGAGGGAUAUGUUCAGAAGUAGAGAAUUUGAGCUCCAAGAAUGGAUCAAACAAUGUGAUGCCAGGAUUUUAAGAAGCCUUUAUUACUGGCUCAAAGAGCAAGAAAUAAUAGUGAAACAAUCUGGUUCAGAUUCUGUCACACAUUUGAAAUUUAAGAAUCUUUUUAUAUAUUUUGGCAUUCCGGAAUAUGUUAAAUCUACAAAGAAACUUUGCUCUUUGGCAUUUUAUGAGACUGAACUGACAUUAUUAGAAGACUUCAAGCAGAAAGAUAAGAAUGUGACAAGUUUUCUUAAUUUAUCAUUUCCUCAUCAAGCUGAUAUUUUCAGAAUGGUUUUUAAUAUGGAUAACCAUCCCAAUAUUGGCUUUUAUUUGAAACAGAUCUGAAGAAUAAGCCCAAGAGUACUUAAAGAGAUAAGUUUGCAUAAAUUCAAAAUUAAUAAACAACAGUUUGAAAGGUUGAUAGUCUCCUUUAAGCAUAUUGAAGGUCUUGGAUUGGAUUCUUGCAAGCUCUCUAUUACUGCUCCUUCUGAUUUCUCAGAAUCCCUUAAAAACGCUAAAAUUUGAAAAAUUAAUCUUGCGUAUUGAGGAUGGAUAACCAAUAGCGAUUGGAGGAAUAAACCCAAUGAAUUUGCACACAUAAUCAAAGGAUUUUCUACCUCUCCAGAUCUAAAGCUCAGUCUCAAAAUGAUCAAUUUAUUCAACUGUCAAAUUAGUAGACUGCAAGUCAAGUCUCUCAAGAAAGAAUACGGACUCGAAGAGAUAAAAUUUCUGCUCUAA